AUGGCCGCCGCUUGCGUCCGCAGCCCCGUCUGCCGCCAUCUCGCCGCCGCUGCGACUCGGCGGCGGCUGCUGCUGCCAGCCGCCCCCGUGCAGCGGCGCUGGGCGCAGGUCCACGACGUGCGCUUCCUCACCACCCACAGCACGGCGCAGGCCGUCCUCGACAAGUACCGCGACAAGCUCGACCGCAAGGCCCGCGCCGAAGGCCACGACUCGGUCGAGACUCUGCGCGCCGCUUACGCCGACGAGAUCCUCGCCCAGCGCACAAAGGGCGCUCUCGACCCGGCCAUUGACCAGUUCAUCCCCCAGGCCGAGGGCACGCCCGUCGCCCAGCCCAACCACACGCCGACGGCCGAGGAGCUCGCCCGCCAGGCCCGCCAACGCGAGGCCGCGCGCAAGACGGCCGCGUCGGGCGACCGGCCCGCCGUCAAGACGCUCGAUGAGAUCCUCGACCUCGACAAGGUGCGCGCGCUCCCGGAAAAGGAAAUAACGGCCCUCUGGCGCCUGCGGCACGCCGCCUCCCCCGCGCAGCUCUGCGCCGUCAUCCCGGCCGCCACGUACGCCGCCAUGGAGGACGUCGCCCGCGCCGCGCCCCAGUUCGUCCUGCCCGUCCCGCACCCGACGCAAGGCGCCGAGAUGCACUUUUUGCAGUGGGUGUUUGAUCCACCCUCCCGUACGAGCACCGUCCUUUUCACCCAGCUCGCCGAGUACAAGACGCGCGGCGAGUUUGCCCAGCCGCACACCACCGUCACCCACCACCUCGAUCUCGCCGCCGACAACGGCCUCGUCCUCAUGCAGGGCCAGCUCGUCGAGGAUCGCGGCGUCCGCCCCGAGCACGCCAAGUGGCUCGCCAUGUGCCUCCAGCGCUUCUACGGCGCCUGGGAGGCUGGCGUCGAGCUCGACGGUGAGCGCAAGGAGCGCGCUCUCGCACGCAAGCAGCUGCUCGAGUGGUUUGCCGCGGGGGACGCCCGGUUUACCGUCGAAAAGCUGCUCGAAGAGGCUGAGCGCAUGGGCUGA